CUUACUUCUUUUCAUUUUUUACUUUUCCAUUUACUUUCUUUUUGUUGCUUUUCAUGUUUUGUUAUUUUUAUUAACAUUAUUAUUAUCCCUGUUCUCUCUUACUGUUUCAGGUAACAAAAUAUUGGUCCUGUCCAGCCCGCAGGAGGCUCGGAUGAGGAAGUGGCUGCUGUGAUACAAUACGUGCGCUCAAUAGGACCGAUAUAAAAAGUUUCCCUAGAGGCAGCAAUGAAGCUUCGACUACACUUCGUGGUUGACCCCAUGGGUUGGCUGUGCAUCAGUAUGGUGUUUGGGAUCUGGCUGUACAACACAUUCUUCAUUCCAAAGCUGGUCCUGCUUCCACAUUACAAAGAAGGACACAUUCCGUGGGCCAUGGUUGUUUGUUAUUACAUAGCAUCAGCACUUUGCCUGGCAGCCCUGGUCAGGGCUUCUACUGCAGAUCCUGGACGUCUUCCUGUAGACCCCCACAUACCACACUCUGAGCGUGAGCACUGGGAGCUGUGUAAUAAGUGUAACUUGAUGAGACCUAAGCGGUCCCACCACUGCAGUCGUUGUGGCCACUGUGUACGCAGGAUGGACCACCACUGUCCAUGGAUCAAUAACUGUGUGGGUGAGGACAACCACUGGCUGUUCCUGCAGCUCUGUUUCUACACUCAGGUUCUAAGUCUGUUCACCCUGCUGCUAGACUUCUGCCAGUACUACUACUUCCAACCACUGACAGAACUAGAUCAGGAAAAGUUUACAACCCAGCAUGAACUGGCUCUACUGCGAGUUUCAGCACUCAUGGGUGUGGUGAUGUUUGGUGGGAUGACGACAUUGUUUUACACCCAGAUGACAGGAGUCCUGUCUGACACUACCACAAUUGAGAAGAUGUCUCAGUUCUCAAAUGAAGUUUAUGGCUCAAACCGAUCCUGGCAGUGGGCUCUAGCUGAGGUCUGUGGCACUCACUGGAAACUGCUCUGGUUCCUCCCACUCCGAAGCAGGCAGGCGCUCCAAGCCAGCCACCACUUCCGCUCCCAUGUGUAGGUUGGCAGCACUACACUACCUCGUGCUCCAGGCUGCCGCGAUGAAACACCGUAUGCACAUUUAAAGAAUCCAUCUGUUCGCCUCCACCACCUUCAAUCAUGCUUUGGGAUACUUUGAUGUCCGUGGAUUCUGGAAGCUUUUAAUUUUUUGUGUCCUUGUGAGUGUUUAAUUUUUUAUUUUUCCUGUCUCCUUGGGACACAGACUGGCAAUAAGCAGGGUCAGCAAUCACCUUUAGGAAUGAUGGGAACGUUUUUUUUUUUUAACUCACUGUGACUGGUAUUUUAAGCGAAUGGAAACUGCUUUAAUGGCUCAUUGCUACAGAAGGAUGGAAGACUUCACCUGAAAUCAGCUGACGAAAGGGACCCCUCUCAGGUUACUCUAACUAAAAAGAGCCUUUACUACUGACCUUUAAUCAGCCACAGACAGAACUAGUGCGAGGGUGGUCUUUAGGAAAGGCAAUCUUUUGAAGUUUGUGCCUCUUUUAGGUAAACUUUAUUUAUGACAUGUCUACUGGUCAGUGGAUCGUCCAGUUAUACACUUUCCUGUGAAUCAUCAUUUGAUCUUGUGGAAUACAUGAUGAAACACAAAUGUUUUAUGGUUUUUGAUCCUUUUAUCUAUGAAGUUUUAAGGCCUAAGUACCAGGCGAAUGAAGUCGAGUGAUAACCAUAGAUCGUACAUAAGAAAUGAAUGUAGCCAUUUGGCGCUGAGAGUUGAUUGACAGCUGGAACAUAUCUCCUUAUACAGUACGUCCUAGAUUAUUAACAAUUAUAAUUAGUUAAAUUUGUCAUCAUGUUCUUUUUAAGGCAGACCAGAACCUAUUGCUGAGACCAUAAACUGUUUCAAACCAAGUAGCCUUUUCUUCUGCUAGUACUUCCAUUCUAACCUUGGGCUACAAUGUGGGAUGCUGUCUUUCAGAUGGAAUGGCUGCAUCCAUUUUCUAUAUACGGCCUGUGCUAAUAAUAACAAGCAGCAAGUUUUCUUUUAGCAAUUGAAAAAAAACAUUUUUCAUUGAAUUAGUGAUUGCCUUUUUUGAGCUGAGGCACAAACUCCCAACAGCACUAAAUAUUUUUUAAAUUUGAAAUCAUCUUAUGGCUAAUCAGUUGCUGUCUGGAUCUUUGUGUUUUUUUUACCAAUUUUUGAAAAGAGUGACAUGAACUUUAUGGAAAACUUUUAGAAUCACCAAUUGCCACUUAUUUGUUUAACAUAUCCGUAACAAAAACAAUCUACAUCCAGGGUUUGAUUUGCUAAGAUUUAUAUAAUGACACAAACUCCUAAUGUAAAGCUAAUCUCAACGAUUGAUAUUCUGCAUAUCUGUUUAUAUAGAACAACCGCUCCCAACAGACUAGAAAUUUACCAUUGUUGUAGAGGUAGCAUUAGCAUAUUUUAUGCUAAAGCUGGCUUGCUGUAGAUUCAUAUUUUUGAAGCUAUUGAGCUUGUAGAAAGUGUCUGUUGUAAUUUAAAACUAGUACCUCUAAAAUGUGUACAAUGGCUUUUUGAACAUAUGUGUGUGGUUUCAUGCUGCUGACACAACUGUUGGAUGUUAUUUACACUGCAGCUUGACUAGUCUAGUCUACAAACCCAUACACUGGAUGACUGGUUCAUGUAGCAGGCUGCUAGUUGACACGCAACACUGCACGGCAACACGUAGGAUUUUCUAACUGUAACUGUGGUACUGAGUAUAUCUGCAUCACACACAGAUUUUACUUUAAAGUAAUACAAGUGUGGUUGUCUGUGUACGCAUACAAAGCUUUCUGUGGGUUGGGUGAAAUGCAAUAUUUGUAUAGUUUUAAGUGCCUGUGUCACACUCAUGGUACACAUCACUGCGUCAGUCUUCAUACAAGCUAAAGAAGUGUUGCAAUUGUCUUUCAGGAAAUGCCUGUUCCACCGAGUGUUUGAAGGUUGAUUUUCACAGUAUGCACUAAUUUUUCAAAAGUCUUCAAUUGACGUGAUUUGUAUGAGACGCUUAUGUUUUAUCUGUACCUCUCGUCAAGUUGCUCACGUUUACGUCGAUAGUUUAUUUUUUUAUGUAAAAAGAAUUCAGGUUUGUGAUUUUAUGUUUUGUAAUACUUUGGCUGUGGGACAAUGAUUUUGAUGGGUUAAAGAAGAAGGUACUACUGAGAAAUUUUAUUCACAGUUUCUUUUAUACGUUUCUGUUUUCAUUUGAAGCAAUAAGCAUAUUAUGUUUAUAUAUAUAUAUGUAUAUAUAUAUAUACAUAUAUAUAUACAUAUAUAUAUAUAUAUCCUGUCUAGUUAUUGUUGAAGUAUAAAAACUGGACAACAGUUGUGACUGUUGACUAUCUAAGCAGUGAUGACUCCACAUAUUUGUUUUCCAACGUGUGAGUAACCUCAGCAGCCGCUGUGCUUGGACAUAAGGCAUAUCUUCUCUUUGCAACACAUCAGCCACCUCAUGACGUUGGUGAGAGAUUAAUACAGAACCUACCAGGACUCUCUUUUUGACAUUGUUUUUUGAGCUUUAUCUGUUACUUUGUUCUGUUCUCAAACCAAACCUCAAGCACCUCAAGGAGUGAAGUUUGUGAACUAAAUUAAUAGUGCAUAGACAAAGUACACGAUUCAUUUCUUUAUGGAUAGAAUAACCUGUAUAAAUGAUUUUACACAGUUAUACAGUUAACAUGUAUCCAGUGUGAUCAUGACAAUGUUGUAUAGGUAUUACUAUCCCAAUAAAGGAAGUUCCAAUAGUG